AUGGCAAACCAAUUUACCUCGAAUGAUCAGAAAGUGCCGAAAAAGCGAUGCGGUAUUCUCGGAGCCACAGGCGCUGUCGGCCAACGCUUUAUUCUUCUUCUGUCUGAACAUCCGUAUCUGGAGAUUUCCACCAUUGGCGCCUCUGAGAGAAGUGCGGGGAAAACCUACGAUAAAGCGGUCCAUUGGCGUCAAUCAGAGCCCAUUCCUGCUACGGCUGCAGGGCUAGUUGUGCAAUCUUGUCGACCGGAACUCUUCAAGGGCUGCGAUGUUAUCUUUUCAGGUCUCGACACGGCAAAAGCGCAGGAGGUCGAGCUGGCCUUUGCUAGGUUGUACGCCGUAUUCUCGAAUGCUUCUGCUUAUCGAAUGGAUCCCUUGACGCCCCUAGUUGUCCCUACGGUAAAUUUAGCCCACAUGAGUCUGAUUCCAGCUCAGCGGCAGCACUUGAAGUCUGAAGGGAAGGGGUUUUUGGUGACAAAUUCGAACUGUGCCGUAAUCGGGAUCGUUAUCCCCUUCGCCGCCCUCCAAGCAAAGUUCGGCCGAAUCUCCGAAGUCAGCGUCGUCACGCUCCAAGCAUUGUCGGGCGCUGGUUACCCAGGGGUUUCAUCGAUGGACAUCAUAGACAACAUUGUACCCUAUAUUGAAUCGGAAGAGUCGAAGAUCGAGACGGAAGCCUGCAAGAUUCUGGGCAGUCUAAAUCCUGAACAGAACCAGCUCACGCCACAGCAGAUGCGAGUAUCAGCAGCCUGUAAUCGUGUCCCCGUCCUCGACGGUCACACCGCCUGCGUCUCCCUCCGCUUCGCCACCCGCCCCCCUCCUACUGCUUUAGAUGUUAAAGCUGCCCUGCAGUCUUAUGUCAGUGAAGCCCAGACCCUCGGAUGCUACUCUGCGCCCGCGCACGCUAUCAUUGUACAUGAAGAUCCGACACGGCCGCAACCCCGGCUGGACCGCAAUAUGGAGCGUGGGUAUGCUGUUAGUGUGGGGCGCGUGCGAGAAGACGAGUCUGGAAUUUUUGAUAUUAAGUUUGUGGCGCUAAGUCAUAAUAUUAUUAUUGGAGCGGCGGGAAGCAGUGUUUUGAAUUGCGAAGCAGCAAUUUUAAAGGGAUAUAUUUAA